UACAAUUUUCACUAAGUAUAGAACAUAUUACCCAGAUUUAAAUGCGGUUCAAUGUGAGGUUUUAGAAAUUCCUGCACUAGAGAGGCCAUCUAAGAAGAGGAAAAGCACAGCCUCUGUGAAGGUGACAAAAGAUGUGGAGCCAUUGAGUGUUAUGCAGGAAUCAAAAAAAUCUAUGUAUGAACAAUUUUCUAUUGAUUUAAUAGAGGAUGGAAAGAUAUAUAUUCAGGUAGCUGAGGAAGACACCAUGAUAUGUUGUAUGAAUGAUUAUAAUGAUUCUGGUUCUUUAAGAAAAGAAGUGUAUGUUUAUACCACUUGGCUAAAGCAAGAAUCUGGAGACUACUUCCAUUGUACCUGCAGUAUAUAUAGAACUUUAUUUGAUAUAGCUCAUAGCCAAACUCUAAAUUAUUCAAACAGGAAUAGCUGCAUGCACUGUACAUUCCUUAAGUGUAUUGUUCUUCCAAAUCUACAGAUAGAUGAAAGGGCUACAGAAACCAAAACCCGUAAAUUUGUUCAGGAGGGAAAGCAGUGUGCUGGCAAGGAUUUGAUUGAAUUAAGUGACUUUAAUGGUACACGGAAAUUUUCAGUUUUGGCAGAAGGAGAGACUAAACCUGUUUUUUUAUCACUGAGUCACAACAAGGCCAAAGCAAAUUAUACUGUGACCUGUCACAAUGGCGAGUGUCAAUCAAAGAAGGGACACAAACGAUAUUUAAAUAACUUGAAUUCUUCCAAUCUUUGCAGACAUUUAUUUGUGCUGAAACAUAAUCCAGAAUCCUGGAUUGAUUUGCAUGAAAGAAAUGCCACUAAUGAAACUUUUUUAGAUGACCAACUACUAGAUGAUGAAACAAAUGAUGAUGCUGGUGAUGGUGAUCCUGUUGAUACUAAUGACAAUUUUGAUCCUGAAACAGGUCUAUGGAAGUAUAAGUGUGAGAGCAGCCAUCCAGCAGCAGCUAGAGAGAGUGAUAUGUUGAGGCGUAACAUCAUCAAACGUGACGGAUGGAAUGAUUUGACCUUGAGUAGGCAGGCUGAUGGUUCAUUGAAGGGUCCCAAUUUCUAUCCAGAUAUGCCAGACAAUACAUGCUGCUGUGGAUCUGGAUGGUUGAAGCGUGAUGAUGAUCCAGAUUACUCUGAAAACGGGAAAUUGAUUCCUUUAGGUCGAGUUCUUACAGUUUACACACAGUUUGCGCCUGUGCAGUGUGAUGUUUACAAAAGAGUCUGUUACAACCCGAUAGACGACAGUCGCUGUGAACUUGCAUGGAAUGAAGGCCAGAGUGAAUCAAUUCAUGUUUUUAGUAGUAAAACAGCUGCAGGUGACGAAAUAGGAUGGGAGUUUACAUCAUCAGUAAUGAAAACUGGUUGCACUUUUUCAGCAUACUGUCAGAUGAAGGAUGAACUUUACAGAACUCGUGACCCAAAGGCCAAGUUUAUGGAUGCAACAGUUUUUUUAAAAUGGUGGUUUAGUUGGGCAGCUAAUAUGAACAUUGAUUUCAGACAACCAUGUGACAUUUGUAGGUAUGAGCCUAAUAGACUGUGCUGUGAUGGAACCAGAGUAGGCGUAGGUUUCCGUCAUUCAAAUUUCACAGAAAUAAGUAAACCUGAUAGUUCUUUACAGACACAGCAAACAUUGCAUCGACGGAUGGACAGAUGUUACCUGAAGAAUAAGCCUGGAGUUGAAAAGAGACAGAUGAUCGCUUAUCGUGAAGCAUUGGAUAAUAUAGCCCGAACUACAGUUGCAGAAUUUGAACCGUUAGAUAUUCCAGAAAAUAAUGAUAGAAUUAAUUUACUUAUGCAGGCUCUACCUGAGGAGGCUCAUCAAUCAUUCCAGCGAUUUACUCGAGGGAUGUCAGAAUUUGAAAGAGUAGCUUAUGCAUCUGUCCUUAAGAUGUUGGCUACAACAGCAUCUGUGACAAGCAUUUUGUCACCAGAAUAUGCACUUUUCUUGCAGGAAUUUCUAACUAAUGAAAAUCUUUCAGAUUUUGAGUUUAACAGACAGAUGUAUGAGAUGAGAUCAUUUGCUCCAGAAAUACGGGACUUGAUCGCAGAAUCGAUGUUGAACAAUAACAACAUUCUACCUGAUGACAUUAAACUUUUUCUAGUUCAUCUUACUAAUGAGUCUCUAAACUUACCAGUUUAUGCCCCAGAGGAUGCUACUUUUCAAUUCGGAACAUACAACCCUGAGAAGCUGGGCCGGGCUUAUUACUUCAAUGAACAUGGUGUUAAACUGAGGAAUGUACGCAAAUUUCAGAUAGAUGAGGACCGAGCAGGCAGAAACAAUGACCAUGAUGAUGAAGCUAUGGACUUUGAGCGAUGCAGAAAGAUUUACUCAAAAAUACAACAAUCAGCACCCGGCACAUCUAACUUGUUUCUUUGGUUUUGUCCAGAUCACGGUCAUUGCUAUGGAUUCCACAUGACAGUGGCUGAAGGCAGAAAAGAUCCAUCAGCUUCAUUAUACUCUCAUCUAGCCAAACCUCCACAAGCAGUGUUUUAUGACUUUGCCUGUAACUUACAGGAAUAUUGCCUCAACAGAGAGAGUGGGUACUACAAGAAUGUUAGAUUUUUUCACGAUAUUUUUCAUGGUUAUUCACACAAAUGCUCUACUUCUUUUAGAAGCUCUCGACUUCAAGGAUUUGAAAGUGUGAACUCAGAAAUCUGCGAACAGUUCAACAGCUUCAUCCAGAUUCUGAAGAAAUCAGCAAGACAAAUGACACAAUCUCAUUUCUGUUUCUAUCUUCAGUUCUUUAUUCAUGAGUGGAACAGGAGAAAAAGAGUUGCUUACAAGAGGAAAAUCAGCACUGCACUAGCUGGGCUUUUAUGAAAUGUAUAACAACUUUGAUUUUCAGAGAGCUGUGCAUCAUAAAAUGAUCAAAUGAACUAUGUUUAAUUUAUAUUUCAUUCACUUCUUAUAUAUAUUUGUUUGACUUUCUCAUUUGCGUAUACUUUUGACUAGUAAUUAUCACUGCAUCUGCAAUUGUUUUCGGUUUCUGCUGUGUUUGUUAGUAUGUUUCAGUUUGAGCGAACAGACUCCAACUUUGGCUUCCAGCUUUGCUGUUGAGAAAGGUCAACAAGUUCCACCAGAAGUUCCACCAGAAAUACAUCACGUCUUUAAUGUUUGAGGCAGAUUUUCCACAGCGUCUUCAUCCAAUCUACUUGUGUCGGCAUGUGCAACUACUUAAUCUGAAGGCUUGGAGGGAAUUGUAGCUCAGUGCUUCAUCCUUUAUGUGGAUAAACAAAAGGGAACCAGAAGGAUCGAUCUAAAGACAUUCUUUUCAUAAAUCUGUUGGUGUCAAACAAUAUAAUUUUGAUUGAUCAGUCUUCUUAGUGCCUGUAGUGAACAGUAUGUAUUGUAUUAUAUGUAGUAUAAUAAUCAAUUAAGUGUUGAUAAAUGUCUUACAAUUAUCGUAUAACCCUUUAUAUCAAGUUUUGUUAUUUAAUUGUAGAACAGCAAAAGAAACAUUUGUGGAUUUUAAAAGAUAAGGCAGAGGCUAUGUUUACACUGUAAAUGUUCAACUGGUGAAUUCCAUUAUUUGUUGCAAUAUCUAGAUUUUGAUAAUGUAAGGAAUGAUUUCUGAUUAAAGUAUUACAAUAGGAAUCCAAUCUCUGUUAUGCUUAAAGAUGCACUUUUACUCCCAAAUUAGAUAUUCCACAGUUUAUAUGAUUGUUUUUUAUAUAAAAAAAUAAGAUUCUUAUGAAGGAUACAGAGUUGAAUUUGAAAGAAGGUUGCAGGAAACAUAAAGAUCAUAAUCUUUUAGCACUCAUAAUCUUUUAGCACUCACCAAUCAUUUAAUAUUUUUAAUUUUAGGAAUUAAAUACACAGUUACAAUAUUGUUAUCAGGAAUCAAUAUUUUCCAUAAAUGCAUUAUUUAGUAAGUAGUUAAAGGUUUAUCAGUCGAAAUGUAUGUUUCAUACAUGUGUAUAUUUUGAUUUUGAAUAAGAGUCACUUGAAAGAUUUAGCUAAAAAUGUUAGAAGAAGAAACUGAAAUUGCCCAAUUCUGUACAAAUAAUUAAGGUCAUACAUUCGCUUAUACACAUUUUAUCAAUGUGGAAUGUUAACUUAAAUUGUUUCUUAAGUAUGAUAUAACAAUCUAUAUUGCAUAAGUAAUUGAAGAUAUUGUUAAAUACCACUUGUAUGUGUACAUGCUGGGUACCCCUUGCACAUAAUGAAAGCUAGGUAUGAAUAAUAUACGAUUUUAAAAUAAUUGCAGUAAAAGACGGCAGUAAACUGAAUGGAAGCUGUACACACACUUAUAAGUACACCUUCACGUGCUGUUACACAACAUCUCAUGUAACUACUGAGAACACAUGUUUACAGUACAUAUAUUACACUGCUUUAUUUGGACUCAUUUUAUAAAAAAAACCCAUUUAAUUCCUGUUUUGUUAUUAUUUGUUAUAAAUCAAAUGCUUGAAGUCAUGUUUUAUGAUCUUAUAAUAAAAUUUUAU